AACGUUUUUAAUGUCCAAGCUGUCGUAAUGGCAGCGCUACUCUCACAUAGCUGAAAGGGCGAGACGCCGUUGAAAUCUUGCACUAUGUGGUGUGGGGACAAGAAAACUUGAGUUUGCACUUGUCAGUGAAACUUACAACUGCGAUGUUACAUAUUCCUCAUAAAAGUCUCCGUAAGCAGUCUCACUAACUCGGAAAUCAAGGAAAUAUACCAUCAUCAAUAUAUACGGGGGCAAUUGCCGGAAAAUAUGGAUUCGUGAUCUUUUCGGAUACUCACUCACCCCUCACUUGACGUCCUACCUAUUCAGUCUAGGUAUCUUAAAGUUUCAGCACGGGAAACAUUGGAAGAGCAGUAAAGCUUUCUCAAUUCCAUUUCCCAAUAUCCUUUUAAGAAAAACAACGAUAUGAGGACGUCGUCGGCACUACCGCUUCCUCCCCCGAAUUUCUCGCGCAAAAAGGAGUGCAUCCUCGAGCUGCUCGCCGUCCCGGAGGCGGAAUACAGCGAUGCGUCGCCCAAGGGUUCCGUCGACGCGGAGAUCCGAGAUUUGAUUGAAGAGAUCAAUGCGAUGGACGGCUUCGUGACGACUAGUAGCUGCGCAGGGCGCGUGAGCGUGUUUGUUGAGGGGAGGAAGGCUGGGACUUCUGCGGAGGAAGACGAUGCUGCUAGACCUACUACGGUUGCUGCGGCUGGUGGGAAAGGAGGUGGUGGCACUUGGUUGUUUGUCUCGCAUGAUCCGGUUGAGGAGAACGCGAGCGAAGGCGUGAGGGGCCUGCUUGGGCUGCGUGGUUUUUCUGUGAAGUCUGAGGGAGGGGGGGACGAUGCUGCACGAGGAAACUCUAAGGAUACAAGGCUGGUCCAUUUCAAGUUCGAGCCGAUGAUACUCCAUGUCCUCACGGCAUCGUUGGAACACGCUCAGGUCAUCCUCCGCUGCGCCCUGCAAGCUGGUUUCCGUGAAAGCGGCGCCGUCAACCUCACAUCAUCAGGGGCCGAAGCUGUAACUCCCAUUGUGGCGGUCCGGUCAAUGGGGCUUUCGCUUGAGUCGUUGAUCGGCAUACAAGAAGAUGGUGCAACGAGGUGUACUGUCUCUGAUGACUAUCUGCUCAGUCUGUUACGCAUUGCUAAUGAGAGGUUCGAAGAAAACAAGAAGAGGAUCGAGCGGUUUCGCACUGCUAUUCUAGAAGUCAGUUAUCCGCCGAGGAAAAGAGACGGCACCGAAUGGGAAGAUGCCCAGACUAGACGCGAGAGGAAGAGAAUGGAGGGGCUUCGGCGAAAAGCUGAACUUGAGAGGCAGAACAAGGAGAGGGGUGUGAUUGAGGGUGGUGAUGAUGGGGAUCUAGAUUUCCCCGUGAAUACAGAAUUUACAUGAUCAAAAGUGUCCCCCAUAAAA